GGCACAUCGGGCUGGACUCCGGGCAGAGGCACAUCGGGCUGGACUCCGGGCAGAGGCACAUCGGAUCACCAGGCUGAGCAGCAGGCACCGGGCCCCCAGGCGGAGCAGCAGGCACCGGGCCCCCAGUUGGAGCAGCAGGCACCGGGCCCCCAGGCGGAGCAGCAGGCAUCGGGCCCCCGGGCGGAGCGGCGGGCGCCGGACCCCCAGGCGGAGCGACAGGUCUCGGGCCCCCAGGCGGAGUGGCGGGCGCCGGACCCCCAGGAUGAGCUACAGGUCUCGGGGCCCCCAGGCGGAGCGGCGGGUGCCGGACCCCCAGGUGGAGCGACAGGUCUCGGGCCCCCAGGCGGAGCGGCGGGCACCGAGUCACCAGGCACGACAGUGGGCUCCGAGUCAACGGGCAUGACCGCUGGCACUGGGUCAGACAUUGGAUCGUCUGGCUGGACAGCGGGCAUCGGGUCACCAGGCAUCAGGUAAUUUGGCUCGACAGCGGGCACCGCGUCAUCUGGCAAGGCAGUGGGCUCCGAGUCAACUGGCAUGACCGCGGGCACUGGGUCAGACAUUGGAUCGUCUGGCUGGACAGCGGGCAUCGGGUCACCAGGCAUCAGGUCAUUUGGCUCAACAGCGGGCACCGCGUCAUCUGGCAAGGCAGUGGGCACCGAGUCAACUCGUAUGCCGCGGGCACUGGGUCAGACAUUGGAUAGUCUGGCUGGACAGCGGGCAU